AUGGAAUCCAUGGAUUAUCAUGAUGCUCUUGCGGCCCUUCGCGCUCAACAAGGGGCACACCAUCUUUCAAUCAUCGCGCUCGCCGAGCCCAUUACCGCGGCGCAAACACAACCUCAACCACAGAAGCAUUCAUGCUCGCAAUCGCGACCUUCAGACACUCUGUCUGCUUCAGAAACCGAAUCGAAUCUGCAACUCACGCCCGCCACUCUCCUCGCCGACCUGACGCACUACAAGGACCUAUUCUCCAAACUCCGCUUUAGCUACCUGGAACAGGUCACCAAGGAGAAAUACCUUCGCAGCAUCGUGGGUUAUCCCCCACUCGUCGUCAGCCACGAAGACAAUCUGGUUUUGGAGGAAAGGCUGGCGGUCAUGAAGAAGGAAUUGAAGACGAAAAAGGAGGAUGUUGAUGCACUGGUUAAGGACAUGGAGGGCCGAGCAAGGGAUGUUGCACGCGCUUAUGAUGGCGUGAGAGGGGGUUUGGAUGUGUUGGAACGCGUCCCUCCUGAAAUUGAGACCCUCAAGGCAGAGAUCGAGAGUUUACAAGCCGAAAUUGCUGCCCGACAAGGUGACCACGGCGCUCACCCCGGAAGCGGUGACCCAAGGAUGCACCUCUCGCUAUCAGCCACGGAACAAGCGCUUCUGGAGCAACGUGAGCGCAACGCCGAAAUCGACCGGCAAAUAGCAGAGUUACAGAGACAGAUGCCUGCAAAGGUGCGCGAAGUGGAAAAAAUGGAUCGUGACCUAGCCGAAUUGGAGAAAAGACGCAACGAGAGCGCAAGGUUGGCAGUCGAGGGGAGGAGAAGGCGGGAGCAAGGAGGGAGGGACGAGAUGGAGGAUUUGGGGAGAUGGUACAGGGCGAAUGAGGCUGUCAUGAAGGGGUUGCUAGGGGUGGAGGAACGCAUAAUUCCUAACAAGGAAACGGAAAACUGA